AUCUCCUCAUCCUCUCCAAUCCAAAAAAAAAACACUUCUACUUAUCCCUACCCUCAAAUCAAUAAUAGAGUGAAUGAAAGUACCUCAAACCUAAAACCUAAAAAUUAAAUCUCUCAACCCCCCUCAACCCUUCAAACCUAAAAACCUAGAAAUCAAAUCUCUCAACCCCCACCCACCCCACCCCACCCCACUCCACCCCACCUAGAAUAAAGGUGAAGUGUUUGUGAGGGAAAAGUCCAAAUUUUAGAAGGCCAAAAAAAAAAAAAAGAGAAGAGAGAAAGGAAAAAAAAGGGUCAAGAAGUGAAGAAAAAGAAGAGUCAUCAUCAAAUCCCUAAUACCUCGUUUGAAAAUUCAUUUACUGGGUCUGAAAAUAUAGAAAAAAAUGAAAACAAUGGCAGGAUGGCUGAAGAGAGAGAAUGACGGGUCUUGUGUGAAAGACUGUGUGGAUUCUCUGCAGGGGGCUCAGGAACGGGAGGUUUUGUUCGAUUUAGGAGUAGAAAACGAUGGCGAUGAAAAGGUUAAAUGGUCGUUUACUGCAUUUCUCAAGGCUUUUUUGGAAGAAGUUUACGGCAUUUCUUGCUUGAGGCCGCUGCCGCCGGUUAUCGGUGAGGGGCAGGUUGUUGAUUUGCUUAAGCUUAAGAUUGUUGUGAGGAAGAGGGGUGGGUAUUGCAGAGUGUCGGAAAACGGGCUGUGGAGCUCGGUGACAGCUGAUUGUGGGUUUGAUUUGAGGUUUUCAGCUGCUUUGAAGUUGGUGUAUGUGAAGUAUUUGGAUACAUUGGAUAGAUGGUUGAGGAAAAUUGAGAAAUAUAGAGAGGAGGGAGUCUGUGAUAUUGAAGAACGAUAUCUCGAUCUUAGUCGGUUUUUUAUGGAGUUGGAGUCGGAUCCGGAGGUUUUCAUAUCAGGCAUAGCAAGUAAAAUUGAGGGAGAUGAUGAGUUUGUGGAAUUGGAGAAGAUGGAAUUGGGAGGUGUUGAUGGAAAUGUGGGUUUUGUGGAAUUAAAUGUGGAUGUUAAGGGUUUUGAUGAGAAGUGGAGCAACGAAAAUGGAAGUGGUGAUAAUGUGAAUAUUAUUGAGAAGCAAUGUGUUGAUGAUGGAGGUGAUGGUGAUGUUAUACGAGUGGAUGGGGACUCUGUUAGUAAGAAAAGGAAACGGGAGUGCUGUAUGGGCAUGCUGAAUUGGAUAAGUAAAGUUGCAAAAGAUCCCGGGGGGGCUGCUGCUGAGCCAUUACCUGAAAGGCAGAAGUGGAAGUGUUAUGGAAGUGAGCUGCCGUGGAAGCAAGUUCUCAUUGCUCGUGAGGCGAUGCUUUUGAAAAAGAAUGUCGAUGCAGGGUCUCAGCAAUCUGUUUGGCAGAAGAAGCAAAAGAUGCACCCGAGCAUGUAUGAUGAUGGCCAAUGUUCUGAAAGGUUAAGAUGCAGUCAGAGGCUCCUUUCCUCCAAGGACCCUUCUCGGAAGUCAAGAGACCGAGGUGGUAACGAAUCCUCCUCCUCAGAUUUUCAGACCGACGAGGAUAAUGCUGACAAACAGUCUGAUGCUGAUUCCCCAAUCUUUCUGAGCAACUACAGGAAGAAGCGAAUCCCCAUAGGCUCAAAUCAUCAAACAGAUUUGCCUGAGUUCCAAGGCGAGGAUUAUGAAAGCGAAUCUAAAUGGUUAGGUACCAAAAUCUGGCCAUUGGAUAAAGAAGAACAAAAGAAGAAAACCCUAAUCGAAAGGGAGCCUAUUGGAAAGGGAAGGCAAGAAUCUUGUGGUUGUCAGUUUCCAGGAUCUCUCGAAUGUGUCAGGUUCCAUAUAAGGGAAAAAAGGCUGAAAGUGAAACUAGAACUCGGCUCGGCUUUCUACUUGUGGAAACUCGACGUUAUGGGAGAGGACGUGGCCUUCUCAUGGACAAAGGAAGACCAGAACAAGUUCCAGCAUGUAGUGCAGUCCAACCCUCUCUCAUCAGAGAAAUACUUCUGGAAUGAACUUUUCAAGCAUUUUCCUAACAAGGGAAGGGAAGCAUUGGUAAGCUACUACUUCAAUGUGUUCCUUCUCAAACGUAGAGCUAUACAGAACAGAACCAGCCCGACCAACAUCGACAGUGAUGAUGAGGAGUCAGAAUAUGGACCGAUUGCUAAUAGGUUUGGUGCUGGUUCGAUUUUUUGCUCCCCGAAGAAACCUCAUCCAAGUAGCAGAUAGGUUGUCGGUUGAGACGUGUAAAUCGCAGUUUUUUGGUUCGAUAAAAAUUCUUUUUGGUUUUGCAUAGUCGGCCGGCCGUGCCUGGUUUCAGGUGUACAUUUGGCUGGGCUAUGAUAUGUGAAGCACAUUUGGAAGCAGUGUAAACAUACAGUUAGUUACAAGGUUACUGCAAAACUUUGCAAGCAGCUGACUUCUAUUUUUGGUAUGUCAAAAUUUAUCAUCUAUCAAUUCAUUAUGAAUAUCAACUAACCUUUUUGGUAAGUUGCUAUUGCCUAUUUGCUUCA